AUGGAUAUAAACGUUCUAAUAGAGAUGACAAAAGGAGAAGGACAAGCGAAGAAACUGGAAGGUGUUAUAAAGGGAUCCUUUGGGGACAAUGUUCAAGUCCGAACAAAUUCAGAGAAAUUUCUUCUUGAUAUUAGAGAUAUGGAAGAAACUAACGAUGAAGGGGAAGUAAUUAAUGCCAUUAUUCAGGCCUCCAGUGAAGCAGUGAUGAAACUCUUUGCAGCUGUUGUAGCCUUAAUCUUAGCGGUUCUAGUUUCCGCCCAAUCGAAUGAUCUCGAUAACAACGAGCCCUCUAACGAGUACUUACCCCCCCUAGCAGCCGAAGCAGAAGAAUCAGCCAAACUCACCGAUGAUGGCUAUCGCUACAAGACCGUACGCAAAUUGAAAUAUCGUGCCCGCCAUAGACGUGAUGUCUCCCAGGAAUAUUUGCCACCCAUACAAGAACCCACCCAAGAAUAUUUACCUCCCACCAAUGAAAAAGCCGAAACCAAAUUAGCCGAUGAUGGUUAUCGUUAUAAGACCGUACGCAAAUUGAAAUUCCGUUCUCGCCAUCGUCGUGAUGUUAGCGAAAUUGAACAGCCCAGCAAAGAUUAUUUGCCACCGGUCGAUGUUGAGUUGGCUCCUGAUCUAAAGACGAUUUUGGGUGAUGAUGGUUAUCGUUACAAGACCGUAAGACGUUUAAAGUUCAGACGCCAUAGACGUGAGGUGGGUGAUGCUGUACCAGACAAUGAAUAUUUGCCACCAGCUGGGGAAGCUGGGGCCGCUGAUGCUGCUUCUGCUGAUUCGGUUGUGGUUAAAAGUGCUGAUUUGGCUGAUGAUGGUUAUCGUUAUAAGACUGUGCGCAGAAUUAGAUAUCGUGCUCGCCAUUAAAGGAUUUUGUUAGGAAAUUAACCUCGGACUCGGUAUUGGCAACUAAGAUUUUAAGUUUUUAAUGUAUCUUUUUAAUGAAAUAAAGCA